CUCCGCCUCCGCUCCGCCUCCGCCCACCCCUGCCCGCACCGCACGCCGCCGCCACCCGCCCUCGCCAGCACCGCGCGCCGCCGCCCCGCUCUGUCCGCCCUGCGCCACACGCCGUCGCCCCGACCUCUCUCCACCCGCCGCUGCCCCGACUCGCUCCAGCCGCCGCCGCCACCCGAUGGCGCCGAAGAAGACGCCGAAGGGCAAGUCGGGUUGGGAACUUCAGAGUGGAGUUCUCCGUUCUCCGACACCGGGCGGCGUUGGUGGCUCGGCAAGUAUCCCACCGCCGACGAGGCCGCGUGAUACGGGGCUAACCCGGUGUAGGCCGAUCUUUCACGAUUGGAGUGGAUUCCCUCGAUGAACACGGGGAAGAACGGAGAGAAAUCACAAGGGGAAACACUCAAGAACAAGUCCAAUCACACAUCCACUAGACAAUCAAACACACAAGAUCCACAAGGUACAUGAACAACAAAGGGAAAGAUACAAGGUAAAGUUCAUCUCCAUGAGGAGGUCUUGAAGGGGUCCACCCGUGAGGGGGUCUUGAAUCCAAGAUGGAUCUUCUCCAUAGAGGCGCGCGGUCUCUCUCGUGGAGUAGAUCCGUAUGGAUGAGCAAAGCUCUAUCUCAAAUGAGCUAAUCCUUUGCUGACCCUAAUUCAAAGCUAGGGGACGAGUACUUAUAGUCCAAGGGGUAAGUUGGGGGUUACACGGGUCAUUGACCCUUUUACUGUGCGCAGGCAGAGCGGUAGUACCGGUCUUGGGGGCGGUUGUACCGCUGGGAGCUCAGGUGCUGCUUCCUGGAGGUGUUCGCGGAAGGGAUUAGCGGUAGUACCGGUAGUUGGGGCGGUUGUACCGGUCUUUUGGCAGUUACCGGUAUAAACCGGGGCGAUACCGGCCUUGUACCGUUUGAUUACAGAAGGUUGACCGGUAGUUGGGCGGUUGUACCGGUGGACCGGUAGUACCUCUAUCUCUGCACUGGGAAAAUCCCUGUCCAUGCUCUUGGUGUCCAUCUUGCACCAUUCCUUCUCCUUGUUGGUUCCUUGGUACCUAAGCACACAAAGUGUCUUCCUUUGAGGUAGUAGCCAUGUCUCAAGUUGGUCAAAGGGGAGUUCAACAAGGAGAGAGUUAACCUUAUGUCCAAUGGUACAUGCUCGAGCUCUCAUCGUAUGUGCACGUAGGGCUUGGGGAGUAGUUGAAGUGUACAUGGUGAUGACCAUAGGAUGCUCCGCAUCACCGCGCGUGCCUACGACGUGCCGGUGUGGCGUGACGGACGGCCGAAGACGGACCUCAACUUCCCGGAGAUCGAGACCCGGGCGGUGGCGGAGUGGCUCGUGCCGCAGGGCAUCCGGAUGGAGGAGAUGCCGGCGAAGAAGAAGAAGAAGAGACCGGCGGUUGUCGUCACUCCCGGCGAGAGCGACGAGGCGGCGAUGGCUCGGUUUGCGCGGGGGCAUCCCGAGUACGUCCAGGCCGAGCAGGAGUUCUAUUGGAAGCGUGAUGCCGAGGAGAAGAGGAAGAAGAAGGAGGUGAAGAAGGAGGACGAGGCCGGCCCCUCGACGGUGAUCCCCAUCGAGUCAUCGUCGGAGGAGGACGAGGAGUUCUGGGGGCUCUCGGAUGACUCCGAAGAGUCGUACUGGAUGCCCUCGGACGACGAGUAGUUCUGCUAGUUUAAAUUUAUGUCAUCUAUGUUUGAACUAUGUUUGAAUUUGAUGUUUGAACUAUAUUGAGAUGAAGUAGUAGUUGGUCGUUUUCAGAAUUUUACAUCUUCAUUUUGGACCAUCUGUUGGAGUUGAGCCUUUUUCGGAGAUGUAAAAAGCACUUUUCGGUGAUGUAAGUUUUUACAUCACCGGUUUGGAGCACCAAAAUAUACAUCAUCGAUUGGAGAUGCUCUUAUAAUAUGUAUUAAUUCUGGAAGAAGAAUCAUGCGUAUCUAUUUUGAAUGCAUCAUCUUAGGUGACAUCAUUUGUGAAUGCAGCUAAAAUGUGGGAGGGUUAUCCCAAAAACUUCUAAUAGCAAGUCACACAGCAUGAUUAUGGUUAACAAACUCUCCAUUCUUAGAUUAUUAAGAAUAGUAACAAUUUACUCCAGUCUAUUCCACUGAAUUCUAUUAUGGUCAAAAGGCCAUUUGUAUUUCCAUUUGCAAAUCAAUUUCAGGUAAUAUCUGAUGUUACAUUUCAUUGUCUUCCUCAGAUGAAAUGUUAAAAUGUUCGCCUCCGCCAUGUAAAGCACUGUCUCCCCAUGCUCCUGUUAUUCAUGUUAUGAAGGUU